CCGCCCGCUGUGAACGCGGCACUUAGCACGUGUUCCAGCGCUUGGAGGCCGCUGCCCGCGUUCCUCUCGCCGCGGCCGCGGCGGGGCCGGGCUCUGCUUUCCCGCUGCCCGGGGCUCAGGCGGUGGACCGCGGAACGGCGGCGGUGGGGCCCGCGUUGCCGCAGGGGCGCUGUUGGGACGGACCGGUCGGGUGCAGCGCCGCCAUGGCUGCCGUGCCCCGUGUCCUCAACGUGAACGUGGGGGUCCUGGGACACAUCGACAGCGGGAAGACGGCGCUGGCGCGGGCGCUGAGCACCACCAGCUCCACCGCCGCCUUCGACCGAGCGCCGCAGAGCCGGGCGCGGGGCAUUACGCUGGACCUGGGCUUCUCCUGCCUGCGCACCGCCCUGCCGCCGCAGCUGGGCCCGGGGCCCGGCGAGCUGCAGUUCACGCUAGUCGACUGCCCGGGGCACGCCUCCCUCAUCCGCACCAUCAUCGGCGGUGCCCAGAUUAUUGAUCUGAUGAUGCUGGUGAUUGAUGUGACAAAAGGGAUGCAGACACAGUCAGCAGAGUGCUUGGUCAUUGGGCAGAUUGCCUGCCAGAAGAUGGUGGUAGUUCUGAACAAAAUAGAUCUCCUUCCAGAGGGGAAGAGACAAAGUGCCAUUGAGAAGAUGACAAAGAAAAUGCAGAAGACCUUGGAAAAUACCAAGUUCUGUGGGUGCCCUAUUGUUGCUGUUGCAGCAAAGCCUGGUGGACCAGAAGCCCCAGAGUCUGAGAAUCCUCUAGGUGUUUCUGAAUUAAUCGAGGUCCUGAAGUCUCAGGCUUACCUGCCGUCAAGAGACCCCUCGGGACACUUCCUUAUGGCAGUUGACCACUGCUUCUCUAUCAAGGGUCAAGGCACGGUGAUGACAGGGACUAUUCUUUCUGGCUCUGUUAGCCUUGGUGACAAUGUGGAGAUUCCUGCCCUGAAGGUGACAAAGAAAGUCAAGUCCAUGCAGAUGUUCCAUACUCCUGUGACUUACGCUAUGCAGGGUGACAGAGUGGGCAUCUGUGUAACCCAGUUUGAUCCCAAACUGCUAGAACGAGGCCUGAUCUGCACCCCAGAGUCACUUCACACUGUUCAUGCUGCAGUCAUUUCCCUGAAGAAAAUCCAGUAUUUUCGAGGCGCUCUGCAGACCAAGGCCAAGUUCCAUAUCACGGUUGGCCAUGAAACAGUUAUGGGACGAGUGAUGAUUUUCAGUCCAGCCCCUGCUGACUUCAAUGAAGAAAUUCAAGAGAAUGCUUUUGAUUUUGAAAAAGAUUAUCUUUACCAAGAGGCAUAUUUGUCCAAGGACUCAAAUACUUCAGAGAACAAAGAGAAUGACCAGGCAGGAGGAGUCCAGAUCCCAAAACAACAGUGGGCUUUGCUAGAGUUUGAAAAACCAGUCACUUGUCCUAAGCUGUGUCUUGUGAUCGGUUCUAAGCUGGAUACAGAUAUCCACGCAAAUACCUGCAGGCUGGCAUUCCAUGGGGUGCUGCUUCAAGGCAUGGAAGACAAGAACUACACGGAGACUUUCCUGCCAAAGCUGAAAGUGUACAAGCUGAAGCACAAAGAAGGACAAGUGGAAAGGGUAAUGGAUGAUUACAGUGUGAUUGGUCGUUCCUUGUUUAAAAAGGAAACAAACAUCCAGAUUUUCGUGGGUCUAAAAGUGAAGCUGUCCACUGGAGAGGAUGGGAUAAUAGAUGGUGGCUUUGGACAAAGCGGCAAGUUUAAAAUUCGAAUCCCAGAUGGGCUGAAGCCAGAAACCAAGGUGAUGCUUACUGCUGCCUCCAAGAAGAAAUCUAAGGCAGGGAAGGGAGAUACAACCAAAGAGGACGAAAGCAGCAAGAAUGACUCAGUCCAACCUGUUACCAUUUCUCUUCUCUUUAAAAGAUAUGUCUUUGACACGCAGAAGAAAAUGAUUCAGUCCUGAGAAAGCAAGAGCAACCUCUGAACACGCCUGAAAGACCAGCUCUGAAAUGAAUUUCUGGGGGAAUGUUUGUCUUGUUCCUCCUUUGCAAGCAGAGCUGUGAAGCUCCUGCUGACUGUGCGUCCCCUCCGAAAUCCCUGCGGUCUGGUUUUGUUCUGUUAGAAUCUGCUUAUUUUGUCACCUCUGUGAUGUGAGUCUGUAACGGGCUCUCGGAGAACGCUCCCUGCCAGCUGAGCACGUCCAGGGCUGUGUGUCCUGACAGCGGUGUUAGUCUGCAGGAUUGAUUGGAAGUUUCUCUUGUUUUAAAAGUUGCCACCAAUAUUAAUCUAAACCUAAUGGAGACGUGAAUUUCAUGUGACCCACAAAGCGAAGCUGAUUGUUGUAGCUUUACUUCCCCGAGCAAAGCAGGAGGCAGAAAGCACACGAUAGAGUAGGUGAAACCUAAAGUGGAUGUUUCACAUUCCUUCAGCUGCAGCUGUGUAAGAUGCUAUCUGAGAGAUGGUAUGGAUGUGUUUAAUAAAUGAUUUAUAUCUCAAUGUUUUUCAUAUUAAACAACAUGAUGUGUGUAACUGAGAGUCUUAAUUGUUCUCGUUGCUGUUCCAAAGGUUCAGAACUGAUCUCCAGUGACAUUUUAUGUAGCUUUUCUGAAUUUCCUGCCUGUUCUGCAGUGAAUCCUAUUCCAGAAUUGUUUUCUUUUUUUUGUAACCAAAAUCUCCUGUGUGUGAAAGAAGAAAUUGCCUCUGGAAAUAGUCAAGGGCUUUAUUUCAUUAAAAUAAUGAUAGAAGAUUGCAGCAUAAGCCUUGUAAAAUGAGUAUCUCCAAGAUGCUUUAGAAACCAUUAGUUGUUUAAUAGAGAUUUCAUGGCUGCUUUAGUUCUUCCUCUCAAUUUCAUGUCCUAGGCUCAUGAAAAGGAGAACACUGGUAAUGUCCCUUCUUUGUUACUUGCAAAGCAUGGAACACCUUAACAUGAAAACCAACAAUAGUUCUACAGGUGUGAAAGCCGCAGUCUGGAACAGAACUUGGACUCGGUGCUUGGGAAAUGUUAUUUCCUGCCCCUUGAACACAGAGUACUUCUUCUUGGUGCUGUUAAAUAGCAGCCAGUGACCCAUUUGCUGAGACCAACCAUGGAGGAGGACCCCAUGUAUAAUAUAAGUGCACUAGCUGCACAUGGAAGUAAAUAAUUGUAAUAGACUGCUACACUCAUUAAUCAUUAUUAUACUAUUAAUAACACUCAGUGUUAUCAAAUAUCUGUUGAUGGGCCUGCAUCCAUCAUGUUAACAUGCUUUUUUUAGUCUUUUUCUUCUUUUAAUUUCAAGGUAACCCAAGUGGACACAAAUGGCAAAAAAAACAGCUAUUGAGAGGAUAUUUGCAGCUGGACAGUUGUGAGGCAAGGUAGGUCUGGUAUCUGAACUAGUUUGAUGGUGCCCCUUUAAAUCAGAACAGAAUUAGUGCUUUGUGGAAUAAUCCCAAACAGUUUCUGCUGAGUGAGUCCCAGCAAAGCUUUAGCACAUCCCUUACGAUUAUGGGGUAUGCUUUCCAUGUGAUCCCAGAGGAAUUAGGCAGGCAACUUCAGCUAUGGCUUAACAUGACUUUUGCUGCCAGCUUUGCUGGAAAGUGUAUCCUUCUGUAAUGACAAAAAGCAUCUCGCCCCCCCCGGCACCUCUCCUUCCCCAUUUCUCUCCUCUUCCCAGACACCCCCAUCGGCAGUCUUUGGAAAGAAUAUUUGUUAUCUGUCUUUUACGCCUUUAUCAAAUCCUGUUUCGUACCCUAUACUGUUACCUCUGCUCAAGAUGCUGCAGUGAUGGAAGCUAGAGAAGCAGGUGACAUAGGAGGAAUGCUGUUAUUGCCAUCCCAGGUUAGUCUAAGAAUUGCUGGUAUAAAGAGACUUCUCAUUAAAUAAAAAAUCAAAAGUGAAUAAUUAAGGAACUUACAUUUUUAUCUGUAUAAUUCUAAUGUCAAUUUUUAAAUGGGUGACUACAUUCUGCCACCUCCAGUUGGCGUUCUGGAAAGGAAAGGGCAGGCAUUGGGAGAGGUGUCCUGCUGUCGGGUAGCGCUGGCUGUGGAGUUGCUGGCCUUGCACUAAGGCAUUUUUGCCCAGUUCUGGAGAGGAGGCUGUCAGCGUAACUGCUGGUAUGUGUUUUUACAAAGCACUGAUUUCUCCCCUUUACUCUCUGGAUUGCCCGUAGCAGGUUCAGUUGUUCUGGAGC